AAAUCACGUGCAAGCUAUUCUUCGAUUCGGAGGACAAUUUGUUGUCAUUUGUGACAGUGUGUUUGACGUUUUAUAUGUGAAUAAACCAAAGUUUCACUUAAACAGCAAACGUUUCAAGGAAGUCCCUCCUUACCGUAAAUCAAGUUUAGACGGACAGUGUCGUCCCUGAUUAGCCUGUGCGGACUGCACAUGAAUUGUGCUCAGUUUUCUCAAAACACAAUUCAAUUUAUUAAGUUAGGAAUGACAUCAGAUGAAGAAGAUAUUCCAGAUUUAGUUGCUGCUGAAAGCAAGGUCCCCGUCACCAUAAUAACAGGGUUUCUUGGAGCUGGAAAGACAACAUUGCUGAAUUAUGUUUUGACAGAACAGCAUGGCAAAAGAAUUGCUGUCAUCAUGAAUGAGUUUGGAGAAGGUGACUCGAUAGAGAAGUCGAUGUCAGUAGGCAGUGACGGCGAACGCUAUGAGGAGUGGCUGGAACUACGCAAUGGCUGCCUCUGUUGCUCUGUGAAGGACAAUGGAGUGCAGGCCAUAGAAAAUUUGAUGACUAAAAAAGGCAAGUUUGACUACAUUCUCCUGGAAACAACUGGCUUGGCAGACCCAGGUCCGAUUGCCUCCAUAUUCUGGCUGGAUGAAGAUCUGUGUAGUGACCUCUAUCUAGAUGGUAUAAUAACCAUGAUUGAUGCAAAAUACAGCUGGAAGUAUUUAGCUGAAAAGAAAGAAGAUGGGAGCAUCAAUGAAUGUACAAGGCAGAUAGCCAUGGCAGACGUCCUCAUCGUCAACAAGACAGAUCUGAUCUCAUCUGAUGACCUUCAUGAACUCAAUAACACUAUCAGGUCCAUUAAUAUGUCUGCCAAGGUAAUAGAAACAUCCCAUGCAAAGACAGAUCUUGGCGACAUUUUGGAUCUCAAUGCUUAUGGGGAUUUGAGUCCCGCAAGACUAGCUGACACAUUCCAUGGCAGAGGGUUUAGUUCUUCUGAUAAACACAUUAUAGACAAGUCUGUGACCUCUCUGACCCUGGAGGUGAGGGGCUUGGCCAACCAGGGCCUUCUUGACUCCUUCCUGCAGAACGUGCUGUGGGAGAGGUCCCUACAGAACAGCCAUGGGGACACCAUCACACUGUACAGGCUCAAAGGUGUAAUCUGCACUGGUGACUCGCAGCCCCGGUGUGUGGUACAGGCAGUACAGGAGCUGUAUGACUUUCACCCCACCACACCCUGGUUGCCCGGGGAAACCAGGACCAACAUACUUGUGUUUAUAGGGAAGAAUCUAGACAGAGAUGUUUUAGAAAGAGAGUUUAAAAAGUGCAUCACAGACAUAUCAUGAUGAAAACUAGGAAUAUUUUUUUAUGUACAAAUUCACGAGAGUAUUAAAUAUUGUAAUCUAA